AUGCCUCGCCGUUCUCCUACUCGUAGUCAUUCGAAAUCAAUCAGUCGUUCGCCUUCUCGAAGUCGUUCGAGAACUCGUUCACCACAUUCACGUCCACAUUAUCGUACAUCUAAUCGCCACCAUCAUUCACAUCACAGUCAUCAUGGCUACCAACCGCCAUCACAUGUUCGUGGCUAUGGUGGUAGGGAAAAGCGCGUUUAUCGUAGUCGAAGCCGCAGUGGUUCAUCUCCGAAACGUUAUGUCGAUGAUAUUGAACGACUAAAUCCACCGGCGAAUAAAGUACUAGGGGUAUUUGGGCUUAGUUUAAACACAGACGAAAGAGAUUUACGUAAAAUGUACGAAAAAUUUGGACGUAUUGAAGAUGUACGAAUCGUUUACGAUCGACGAGCCAAAAAGGAAACUCAUGGAACAGACAUUGAUGGUCAAAAAAUUCGUGUUGAUUAUUCACUGACAGAAAAAGCACAUGCUCCUACUCCUGGCAUUUAUAUGGGCGCUCGAUAUUACGGAAGUUCCAGUGGCGGUGGAGGAUCUCGAAAUGGAUAUGGAUCUCAUAGGGGCAGUGGAAGUCGAAGAAGAACACCAUCUUACGAAAGAUAUAGUCGAUCACGCUCACGAUCGCGUAGGUAG